GCAGGACGCACAUUCCCUCUGUUUGGAAAAGAACUUAAUACCAAAAGCUUUUUUAAACCUCCUGCUUUUCUUUUUUUUCCUUUAAAAAAAACCUCAAUUUCAGAACAGGAUUUGGAAUAAGCUCUUACUCUUUUUUUCUCUCUCUUUGAUCAGACAGCCCGACAGAAAAGUUGUGACAGAUUUAGAAAGCGGCAAAAAAGAAAAAAGUCCAGAGAGAGACAGAGACAGAGCUUUGCCCUGAAGGUUUUUGAGGAAGAAACAGGAGACAGAUAAAGAGGCAGCAAUAAUCUCAGAGAGAGAGAGAGAGAGAGAGAGAGAGAGAGAGAGGGAGGGAAGAGCACAGCCGCUGUGUGAAGAGAGGGGAAAAUAUAGAUAAAGAAAGCCAGGAGGUGCACCAGUGUGAAGGGCGAGGAGAAGAGACUGAAGAGGACAACCAAGGCUGGAGAGAAAGGGGGAGGUAAAUUGGAGAAUCAGCAAAUAAAAGGCAGAGAUUGAGGGAAAAUUCAAGUUCAAGGUCAAGAAAGAUAUAAAGAGGAGAAAAAGUGAAGAUAAAACUCAAACUGAGACAAACAGUGAUUUAAAGAACAUCAUAUUAACAGAAAGAAUGGAUGUGCAACAAGAGAAGUGGAAAGACUUCCUCUGAAGAUAAAGGAAAACUAAAACGGAGCUGUGUUUGAAGUUGUGAAGAGGAAACGAUUUCCUCAUCAUGAUUUAUUCAGCUGAAUUCCCAAUUUCAAACAACCUGCGCCAGAAGAGCAACUUCGUCCCAGGAUAGAAUGAAGAGAGGAGCAAAGAGAAACCUGCCGAGUCUGUGAUACCCUCCUGCUCCUCCUUCUCCUCCUCUUCACCUCAGACUCUUCCACCUUCCUCUCCUCCUUCCUUCCUGUCACUUCACAUCCAGCUCUAAAUUCACUAACUUCCUCCUCUGUCCUGAUAUCUCCUCUUCUCUCUUCUUCAUCUCCUCACUAUGUGGAUACCAGCUUUGCUCCUAUGGAUGCUUAAUAUCAGCAAUUUGGGCUCAGGACAAGACUAUAUGGACUAUUACCAAACUGGAGACAUGGGCACCGAGGCUCCAGUGUUGUCAGAUGACCAGCCCAAUUUGGAGAGCAUAACGAGUGUGGAUCAGCUAUUACAGCUUCUGUACCCUGAAUACAGUUUGCUUCAGCACUGCCUGAGGAAGAAGUCAAGGCACGCCUCUUCGUCUUCCUCAUCCCCCUCUUUUUCCACCACCUCAGCGAGCCCCUUAGUCCACUCUAACGAUGAGGAUCUAUGGGGUCAGCCAAGGGAGGAGGCUCUUUACAAAGUUGACGGGACUUUGGGAGUCAUCCUAGAGGAGAUCCAGCGGACCUCAUGCCAACCCAGAGAGGUGUGUGUCGAGGUCGCCAAAGAAUACCCAGAAUCCACCAGUCAAUUCUACCUCCCUCGCUGUGUGGCACUGCAUCGGUGCGGUGGAUGCUGCACCAACGAGGCCUUUUACUGCACGAAUACAAGUCACUCGCUUGUAAACAAGACAUUGAUGGAACUGUCUCCACCCAGGAUGGAUCGCGCCGAUGUCAUGGUAACCUUCGUCAACCACACCUCAUGCGAAUGCAUCUCCAAACGGCCGCUCCACUCCAUCAUAAGACGAGCCGUGACAGAUCACCUGUGUUCCCCUCCUGAAGUUCCCUGCGCCUCAGGUUCAUUAUGGGAUCCGGUGAACUGUGUGUGUGUCUCUACGGAUGCGAUAAACUACUCUGAGAGAGAGACAGAUGCACUGGACUCCGGUCUGCUGGCUCUCUGUGGGCCCAACAGGGUUCUGCAGGAGUCUACCUGCGAGUGCGUCUGUCGAAACGGACUCACCGAGGACAGCUGCGAUCCAGGCUGGAAACUGGACCACAACACCUGUGAAUGCCAGUGUGAAGGUCAGGGUGAGGGGAAGUGGUGCCCUGUGGGCCAGAGGUGGGAUGAAGACUUGUGUGGCUGUGUGUGUGCUGCAGAUUGCCCUGGGAAUCAGCCCCUGAACCCCGACACCUGCCUGUGUCAGUGCAGAGAGAGUCCACAGUCGUGUCUGCGGCAGGGCAAGAGGUUCAACCCCAACACCUGCAGUUGUUACAGGUUGCCUUGCAGAAAUCCCAGGCGUGUGUGCCCAUCCGGCUUUUACUACAGCCACCAAGUCUGCCAGUGCAUCCCCAACUACAUGAGGCCUGAGUGGAAUUAACCAAUCGCAGGCAGACAGCGGACACCACCAUUUAUUGCACUUUGACGUGAGGCUUCAAACUUUUUUUUGGCCUGAAAACAAAGGAGCAAAAUGGCAGAAGUGCCUCUCGACAGGAGGGCAGGAAGGAGCAACUACACAUUUACAUGUAUUGGGCUACAUCAGACUACAACCAGUACUUGGAGGAGUUUUAAUAAUGCGGUCUGUGCACUGACACUCUUCCGAAAAAGCUAAAUACCAUAGUGCAGGAUGGGAGUGCUUCCCAGUGAAACAGAAAGUCCAAAACAGCCACCCAUAGGUGGCAAAACCUGUAAAACGAAGAGGAAAUGAGGAGAGAUAUAUGACAUUCUGGGACACUUUCUGUCAGUGUCCAUCUGCUGGCCUCCUUCCCAUUGCUAACAACAUGAUCUUGACUGGAAACAACCAAUUACACCUGGAGACUGCCUAAAAGCUUGACAGCAAGGGCGGGAUGGACCAAUAAGACCCUGAGCCAGCAUUCGUCUCCGCUGCGACGUGUUCGAGCAAGCAAAAUCAACCACUGAUCCGCUGCAAAGCCACCGCUCACAACUGUGUGAAAUGGAAAGUGGAAUAAGAUAAUAACACACCAGACUCCAUGCUUUUCUAGAUUAAAUUGGCUGUAGGGUACUUCACACUGUGGCAGCAUUGAGUCAUGAGAUAUUUGAAAGGUUGAAGGAUUUGUUUUGCAGAAUUCAUGUAAUGUGAUGAGGCUGGGACCUUAUAUUCCGUCUUUUAGUACAGUAGGAAAUGGUGACAGAUUCUUGUGGUGGUCCAUUCAAAGCAUCAGAAACUAUUUCCAACUCUAGAUUUUAUCUGUGGGGAACAAAUAGUGUCCAUUGCUUCUAUACUGAAAGGGAUGGAGUGAAUCUCUUAUUGCAGCUCAGUUUUUUUUUUUUUUUUUUAUUUAGGCUCAUGAUAAAAAUGUCUUUUUACAUUAAAGCCUUACCUGGUGCAGCUUCCAUCAUUUUUUUUUUAAGAGAGCAAAGGUUUAAUGCCAGAGCCAGUUUAAUUAAACGCUAAUAUAAACACUCCCAACAGUUAUUAUAUCUUCCAGUUUCUACUUGCCCCUACUGCAGCGCUGCUCUUUGAAGAUUUCCUUCAUACAUGGCUGAAUCCAUUGCAGUGGAUGUUAACACUUGGGUACAGUUCUGAGUCUUCUACUAAUUUAACUUUACACGUUCUAUGUAAUAUAUUUUGUAAAUAUUUAAAUCCUUUUCAUAUUUAAAACAGUGAUAUUUUAAAGGUGGAAUCGUGUAGAUGUAAAAUACUGUAUUUAAGUCACUAUCAUAACUAAAAAAUAUUGUUUUGGAAUGAAACUAUUUACAUGUCUUCGUACUCCAGUAGUUUUAAUUACUACGGAGAAAUUGAAUUAUGUUUUUAAUUGUCCAUUUUGCCUGCACUGCAAAAGAUUCAUUUUAACGGUUCAUUUAGACACCUUAGCUUCAAAAAGCUAUGAUCUUUCGGCUCAAACAUACACAAAAAUGUUAAGAUGAAGAUUUAUUGCAGUGUAGAAAUGAUUGUAUUGUUUGUGCUAUAUGGAUGUAGAAAAAAAAUGAAAUUCUUUUCUCAUGCUAUGAUUGAAUAUUUAAAGUAGUUUUGAGGUAUUGAUUAAAAGCCU